AUGGACUGCAUGGUAAGUGUCUACACUUAGCCUGGAGUUUUAACCCAUUAAUGCCACAAGUCCUUAUAAAGGCAUGCUAUAUGGAGUGUCAGGAGACUUGUCCCUGCAGGUGUCUACAAGGUAAUUGUAAGGAAACCAAGUACAUGUAAACCUUAAUCGGUAGUUUCCUCCCGAACAGCCAGAGCCCAGUGAAUAUAGCCCUCCGUUCAGUAUUUAUAGUAGACAAAUUCCCAAUUGUAAAUCAAAUAGUGUUCCUGGAAAAUUCCAACAGUAAAACACACGAACUCCCAAACAGCAUACGUAGUCAGAAUAAGGGUACAAAGAUGAACUGAGGUUUAAUGACAGGCAUGCUCUUUUUAUGGGAUUCAGACCAUGCAAGGGAGCCCCCCAUAUAAUUAUCCAUACAUCCAAUCCUAACAAUUUACAUACUGUACAUCUCCUCCCCUCAGAUAACCAUUAAACACAAUUAAAACGUAACAGAAUUUCCCCAAAGUUUGGAUGUACCCGAAGGACUUGGGUGUCCUCAGAUAGCUAUUGUCUGGGAGACCAACAUAUUAAAAUCUCAGGCCAUUCGGUUCAGCCGUUCGGGAGAUAUAGGACUUAGAAGUUUUGACCGACUGCACGGGCAAAGUAGCCGAAAACAGUUCCAUGAAUUCUGGCCCUGCAGUCGGUCUUAGAUCGCAUGAAAAACCUCCCGAACGGCCGGCCAUCCAGCUACCAUCCUUGGUUCGCUGGUUCCCCAUCUGUUGGUAAGUCUUUCUACCGAACGCCCGGUCGUUCGGUAGUUUGGAAGGGGUUUUACCGAAGGUCUGGAGGCUUCAGCGGUGUUCGCCUGUUUGAGUGUCCGUUUCCAGUUCCAGACAUUCAAGGGCAAACACCGCUGUUCAGGAGCUAAAAUGGCCGCGAACACGAGGAAGUCCCGAAAUGGCGGCGAGACCUGCCGUUCGUGCAGAACUUCUGUCGAACGUAAUCCAGCCAGCAAGGGGGGUAUAGUCUGUAUAAAGGGGUGACAGGGGGGUCUGCAUUCGGUAGUUUUACCUACCGAAUGUCAUAGGGAAACAUUGCUAUUGACACAAAUACAAAGAGUGCAUAUACAGUUAAAAAAAAGGCAUUUCUUCACAGUAGUAUGGUAGGGUCAGGACUGUCAGAAUAAAGAUUCACAAUGGUUAAUCACUUCUCUCACCUUUCAGGAAGGCCGUGUGGCAAUCACAAGAGUGUCUAACUUGCUGCUGUGCAUGUAUGCCAAGGAGUCUGUUGGGUUUGGAAUGUUGAAAGCCAAGGUAAGCUAUACCAGGGUGCGGGCACAGAAUGUAACAAUAGGGUGUUUAAUUAAAAUAGCUGUGCACGGCGGGAUAGUCUAGGCACCAUAGCCACUACAAAUCACUGUAGUGAUAAUGGCACAAGGAGUCUCCUGGCACCAUUCAUUAGGAAAGAGUCAAGUGAUCCUAUUGUCUCUGGCCUCCACUUCUGAUCGAAUUCAUAGGCUGAGGGUAUCAAAUGUUCUCAGCCAAUAAAUGUUAUCUUAAUAUGGAUGAAAAAUAAAUAUGUUUCCAAAGGGGAACUUCCUCUAUAUAGAUAUCUCUGAAAAGGAGGUCAGACUGGAAUCAGCUGGUGGACUCAUCAAGGUAGAUGACAAACUGUUUGAAAAUGGUUUGACUCUUUUCUGGGCAGGAUGCAGAAGGAAACUCCAAUGGGGGGUGUGUUUUUUUUGUUUUGUUUUUUCUUUUUGGUGGGAAGGGAGAGUAGGGGGUUACCUAGUCUGCCAGUUAUAAGGUCAGUUGAGUCCUUUAAAAAAAAAAAAACAAUAGAGAUGAGAGCCGCACAUUAAACAAAAUAUAGAGCCUCCCCUAUUCUUUCUAUUCCUCCUAUCCAGAAAUAAUGCUUUAAAGGGUGUAGCGGAGUAGUAGUAUUAUUCACGGUAUCUCCGAUGGAAGACAGAGUGAAGCAGGUAAAAUGUAGGCAAAAUGCAGGUAGCGUAGGUACAAUCCCUUUCUCCCAAGAACUAGACUACACAUAGCUUGGAGGUCAACUGAGAGCUUUAAUGAAACAAUCCCCAAUUUUUGUGAUUUUACUGUACAGGCUUUCCAGCAGGGGUUUUAAUCAGUUGGACUGUGUGGGAAACUGACCAUGCAAGGUUGUUUCCCAGCAGCCCCUGCUGUACAGGCACCAAGAUGACAUCAGCAAGUACAGAUAAUUACAUUACCAGUGGUCACAGUAAUAUGCCAUAUUUUACAUUAAAAUCUAUAAUUCUCACAAUUUCCCACCGAUUUGUGUGAAUGACCUUUCAACCGAAUGCAGGGAUCGGCAGGUACAAUAUACCGAAGUACUGUUCUGAUUCCUGCAGAAUUAACCGAACGCCGCUCAUAAUAUACACUUACACAAACUGGGGUUUAGAAGAGAAAACUCCUGAAUAUCUUUAUUUCCCCAAAGGAGCGAAUCUCCCGAACGCUAUGGAAGUCCAGCGGUGUUUGGAAAUCAAGUGGCUUAUUUCAGUUCCAGGCACUCGACGACCAAACACUGCUGAACUCUAACAAAGCAAAGAUGGCCGCCGCCACGUGUUCGCUACUCGAUCGGCGGCCACACACAGAAAGCCCAUUAACGGCUAGAUACAAUGUUGCAACCUCACUAAUGAGCGGCACACGACCUACUGGGGUGGUCUCCCGUUCGGUCCUUAGUUCGUUUCACGAACCGUGUAGGAAUCCACUGUUCGUGAAACUGGCAAUAUAAUGUUAGCGGCAUUCGUGUGCUGUAAGCACAUGAAUGCAGAAGAUAAACCUGAAUGCUUUUAUAUACAGCUCUCUUAACAGUGGUGGGUUUUUCCCCCACAGAUAAACAUAGUGUAUAUAUAUGAAGACAUUCUAUAAGUGGCUAGGUUUGCCACAAAGGGGUACUGUCCAUCACUACUGUAAGCUCUACAUGUUUCUUACACAUUCUUAAACAUUUGGUUUUAUGUUAAACAUGUAACGACAUUACUAAUUGGUGACCUAUGGAAUUUUUGGAUGUGGUGGCAAUUUUCUGACAUAGAAUGUCUUGCUGAGCUAGCAUUAGUAAGGUUCUGUUGACUGGUGAUAAAUGGGUAGUUCAGAUCAUGCUGAUAUAAACUGUCCUUUACAACAAAGAUUAAAAGAUUAAUGUUCUUAGCUUUUCUUGAAACUCCUGUUAAACUGCUAGACAAGUAAACAAGGGAUGUCAUUUUUAUACUGGAGGAAAAAAAACUUUAAAAAAAAAAAGGACAUGUAUACACCAGGCAGCCGAAGUACAAAGGUUUAAUGUGUGUCAAUUCUCCGGCUGUGCAUGUUCGGAGAGCUCUAUAACUACUCAACAGAUUCAGGUGCAGACCCAGAACUUUGCCUGACCUUUUAAUUCCCACUGUUUGAGGAGGAUAUAAAACCGUGUGAUAACGGGAAGAAUAGCAUCUCUUUAACACUGGACUUUUUGCUUUGUUCUUAGGCCCAAGCCUUAGUGCAUUACCUGGAGGAACCCCUGAACCAGGUCUCCGCUUCCUAG